AUAUUUUCUUUUCUUUUUCAUUUUUUUCUAUUAUAUUGAUAUCAACUUAAAAUUUCGAUAUUCGAUAUCGCGAGAAAUAACAUUCAAUUGUGUUCAUGGCAUAUACGAUUGUUAGCUCCUCAAUUGAGGCAAAUAGACAGAAUAAAAAAAAUGUCAAUAAAGAAAAUAUCGUUUGUAUGGACUCAUCAAAUAUUAUAAAACCACCAGACGGAGGAUGGGGCUAUAUAGUAGUUCUAGCAGCUUUUCUAAUUCAUGUAAUCGUGGAUGGCACGACAUAUUCGUUCGGUGUUUUUUAUUUAGAAUUUUUAUAUUAUUUCGAGGAAGGAAAAGGUGCAACUGCAUGGAUCGCAUCAAUAUUAGUUGGUGUCACUUUAUCUUCAGGUCCAAUAUCAGGUUGGUUUGUGAAUAAAUUUGGAUGUCGAAUAGUAGCCAUAGCUGGUUCAGUAAUAGCAAGUAUGUGCUUAGUGAUGAGUAUGUGGGCUCGAAAUAUUAUGACAUUAUAUUUUUCAAUUGGCAUUGGAACAGGUUUAGGUUUUGGUUGCAUUUAUUUACCUGCCAUCGUUAGUGUAACAUGUUAUUUUGAAAAAUAUCGAUCUCUUGCAACAGGAAUCGCUGUAUGCGGUUCUGGUUUAGGUACAUUAAUUUUCGCUCCUUUCUUAGACUAUCUUGUCUCAAUAUACGGAUGGCGAGGAACAUUUUUGAUUUGUGCUGGAAUUAUUUUAAAUUGUAUUGUUCUUGGAGCACUCUUUAGACCUCUUGAAAUGAAUAAAGAAAAAAAGAAAAAUUUUAAAGAAAAUAAGUUAUGCAGCGUGAGUUUUCGAAAAGAAAAUAAAACCGAUAUAAAAUCUUUGAGUCAACCUGUUUUAAUUUCGAAUAAUAUAAUACAAGAUAAUUCAGAGAACAUCUAUAAACAAUAUCCUAAUUUAACACAAGAGCAUAGUGAAGAAGUACUUCAUAUUCAUGAAUUUUCUAAAAGUUUAUCCAAUAAAAUGGAACAUAUAAAAUCAGAUUAUAAAUGUGACUCUUUUAAAAAUCCAAUAUUUAUAUUAUUUAUUUUUUCUAACUUUUGUACCAGUAUUGGAUUCUAUAUACCAUAUAUAUAUAUAUUGCCUCAAGCUGAAGAACAAGGAAUUAAUAAACAGAAUGCAAGUUAUCUUCUUGCAGUAAUUGGAAUUGCUAAUAUAAUUGGUCGUAUAAUUAUGGGAUACAUAUCAGAUAAACAAUGUGUUAAUCGAUUAUUAAUAUAUAUCUUAGUUCUUCUAAUAUGUGGUGUUUCAUCAAUAUCUUCAGUGUGA